GACGAUACGGCCGUUUGUGCUCUAUUUUUAUUGCCCGAUGUUUAAUUUAUCAUACUAGACACACAAAGUAAAUUACUUAUUCUGUCAUUUAUGUUAUUGUAUAUACGGUGUGGUCUGGUAGUGCUUAAACUAUACAUGUACAAUGUGUAUUAAAAAACCGGGAGAAUUCUUGCACAUUAAGUGCUUAUUACGCUGCAACGUUCUCUUAAGAUGCGCAUCAAAGCACGGAAUAUAGUUAAAUAGCUCGGAGUAUGAUAAAUCAAACGCUUUAGGGGGAAUAAUUAAUUGUGUUCACAAAGUUUACUAUAUGCUGAGACUUGAAACUGCGGAUGUGAUCUUAUUCAUCGUGAGGGGGAUUUAGUGCUCUUAUUAUACCUGUGUAGCUGGAAAUUUCAGUUCAUUUAUGCAUAUUAUACAGAGUUCAUGAAUAGGAAAUCAUUUAAUUUAUUUUGCAUAUCGUUUAAUAAUGGACUUUCUUAUGUGCAGGUUUUUUGAUUUUCAUAAAGGGAGAUAAUAUCGGGGAUAAAUGGAUUUAAUGUGUUUCAACUAUGUAUGGAAACUUCAUUGUUUUAUAAGGUUUUUUUUCUUGGGGUCAAUGAGGAAACAGUGAAUGUUAACAAGAUGUCAGGGGAGAUAAUUCAAUAGCAAAUAUAAGGGGACAUAACCUUUGUUCUACGAUGGACAUGUCUGGGAAAAUUAGCAUAUGUCAAAGGCUGGACCGAAGCUUCCGGAAAAUGGAACGGUUCAAGCGUCUGCGUGUAUCGGAAGUUAAUCCUCACUUGAUUUGUGUCCUUUGCGGCGGUUAUUACAUCGAUGCCACAACCAUUAUAGAAUGUCUACAUACAUUUUGUAAAACAUGUAUAGUUGGAUAUUUGGAGGCGAGCAGGCACUGUCCGGUGUGUGACAACCUUGUUCAUAAAACAAAGCCGCAUCUACGACUUAGACCUGACCACACCCUACAAGAUCUGGUGUACAAGUUAGUCCCGGGAUUAUUUCAAGAUGAAAUGAAAAAGCGGCGUGAAUUCUACAAAGAAGAGAUAGAAAGUGGCCGUGUCGGCGAGAAUGGUAUACCGGAAGAACGAGAACGGAUUAUAUACUCAGCUGAUGAACAUAUAAGUCUUGUGAUCGAAUUAAGUUCCGACGGUAAUGCACCAUACUCGACAAGUGGUCGAUCGUCUAGGCAACCAAGAUUAGAGGCCGCGGAUCGCCGUUACUUGUCAUGUCCAGGGAAUUUUACCGUUGGACAUCUAAAGAAAUUUAUCAAAAUGAAGUUCAACUUGUGUGACCGAUUUCAGAUUGAUUUUUACCACACAGACGAGACUUUACACGACCAUUAUACACUGGUAGAUAUUGCGUAUAUAUACUCUUGGCGCAGGAAAGGACCGCUUAGAUUGUACUACGCUGUGUACACAAACCAGGCAAAACGUUUCAAAGCUGACGUUGAAGACACCGUUCCUAUGGAAACGGACGCUACCAAUGCUUCUGAUUUGAAAACUGAAACGAGCGGAUAUUUAACUGAUGACGAGAAAAAUAUAAGUGAAAUUGAUAAGUCUUUCAGUCAAGAAUCGGAUGAAAGUAAACACGAUUCGGUCCUCGAAGGUGACGGUAUUGAUAUUGAAAAUAAAACAGUGAAAAUCGGAGACAUAAAAAUUACAGAAAAACCUGUCAUUUCUCCUGAUGAAGAGAAACCUGAAAAAGAGAAAACUGAAAAUGUGAAAUAUGACUCUAAAGAAGAAAGAACAGUCAGUGGUAAAAAGUUGGAAUUAAAAGACAUUCCUGAUAAGAUGAAGUUAGAUAAAACAAAAGAUAUUUCAGAAUGUGUUAACGCAGAUAGUAAGCUUGAUUCUAAUGCAGUUGAAUCUAAAGCAGAUUCUGUGACUGAUUUGAAGGACAAAGAAAAAGUUAGUGUUGAUAGAAAAUGUGAAAAGCCAGAAUUCAGUGGAAAAGAAAAUAGUUCACAAGAAACAGAAAUGAGUAAGCCAGAUAAGUGUGAGAAACAAGUAACUGCAGAUGAAAUAAAGAAACAUCAAGCAAAAGUUAAACCAGAAAUGGUGGAAGCUUCAACUGGCACAUGCAUUGUGUCGACUGCCGAUGAAGCUGAAAAGUGCAAUAUUGGAAUAUUUAAACAGUCUAAGUCAGUACUAACUGAUGAGGAUAUUUCUGAACCUGUUGUGUCAUCCACCCAAAAUACGCAAGGCUGUCAAACUGAACCUCCAGGUUCAUCCCCAACUGAAAAACUUGAUGUUCCACAUUCCUCGGAAGUUGAUGUUACUAGAUCCACUGUAUCGCCAUCUUGUAAAUCAACCGCUGACGUUUCUUGUGAAACUGACAACUUUGUUAUUUCACGUCAAAUGUCAGUAGAUAGCGUAUCUGUCUCAACUGAAACUGAAAAGAAUGAUGCAGGUUCAGAUGGUAAAAAACUAGUGGAUUGUUCAACAGAUGUUUACGAUUUUCCAAAGUCGGAGUCGGAACACAAGUUAACUGUUGAUUGCUCCACUGACUUUGAUGGUUUUCCAGCUGAUAGCACAAAAAGAAAAGCGCUAUCCGUGGAUUGUUCUACGCAUGUAAGCAACUUGUCAACGUCAUCAAAUAAGCGCAAAUCCAUUGACAAUGAAACAAAUACUGAGUCAAAUAAAACUUUUAAGAAAAGUGAUGCCAAAGCAUACAAAAGGAGCUAUAGUUAUUCUGGUCAUUUGUCUACACCGAAAGCAGCAUACCUUGCACAACCUCUGUCGCCAACCAAAAUGAAAUUCACAUCUCCAAAAUCUCCUGUCAAAACCUUGCCAAACAGUGUGACACCUAAAUCGCCUUCUAGAGCGGAAACUACAGGAUUUCAGUCCCAAUACCAAUCGUUCGUGAGGACGGAGAUAACAUACCGGUUUGACGAAGAAGAUCCUCCGGUUUCUAAACAUUUAUCGGUACCAAAGUGUCGAAUCUCUCCUUCUAUGUCUUUAUCACAGUCAUUUUCAACUUCACAAAAGACCAAAUCUGUUUCAAAAACAGGUCGUCCUAGAGGCCGUCCUCCAAAAAAUCGGUCUCUUGAAUGUCUACCACUUCCAAAGGAGAAAAAACACAAAUCCCGCAGCCAUUCACCAAAGCAUCGUAAAAACAGUGAAAAGGAGAAAGAGAAAGACAGUAAUUGUAGUGGUAUUGACAAAAUGAAGUGCUCUAAGUCAGCGAAUAGCGAACCUUCUAAAUCCCCGACUGCAUAUUCAUGGAUUAAUAAAAUUGACGGUGGGUCUAAGCAAGACGCCGAUAGAAAAAGUCAAAAAUCUAAGCAAGACAGUACCACUGACAAAAAUGCUUCAGAUUUGAGAAUUCCAAAACAGUUUCUUUAUUUCUCAAACGGACAAUACACGAUUGCAACUGUAAGUAGCUUAAGUACACUUAAACAGAGCAGUCCGGUGUCUCCUCCACCAAAGACUGUAUUUACAGCGGAUAUAAAUGGUAAAAACAAAACCAAAACAACGGAUAAUGAACCUAAAAAACAAAAAUACACACCAACAACUCAAUCGAUAAAACAAAGUGAAACUAAAGGGAAUGAAAAAUGUGAACAAAAGUUUGAAAAACCUGUUGAUGCGGUUAAGACCGUGCAGAAAAAAGAAAAACCAAAAGCUUUGAACAAACUGGAAAAUCUGACUGAAUCUCAAACUAGUCAUAAAAUUGAUUCUAAUCAGAAUAGAAUUAUGAAACUGUCCACUGACAUGGCGAAUCAAAUGAGUAGUGUGCAAGAAACGGAUCGGGAUAUUGAAACUAAUAAUAAAGAUACAAAUAAAGACGUUAAUAAGGACAUUUCCAAAGAGAAACCAGCAGCGUCAUUGCCCGAAUACCGACACCAAAGUCCUUUCUUUGCUUCAAUAAGUAACGCAGCCAAACUGCAGUCCCCGCAUAGGCCUACAGCACAUCUAAACGUCCCUAACCUGAGCAGCCAUUUCUCAGGGACGCACCAUUUGUAUUCCCAAGGGCGUUUCACCGGUGACAGACUAGGCACACCCAUCUACAGAUCGUUUUCCAUGAAUGAUAAAAGUCCAACUGCAACAAUGGCGAGCAAGUUUGAAGAAGCGCGUCGAUUUGAGGCCAUUGCGUCUGCUUCACAAUGUGGGUUCCUGGGUCCCUUCCCAGGCCCUUAUCUAGGGUUGAUGCACAGUCAUCUUGUAUCUAGUCUACCCCCGCCACCACCACUUUCUAAACCAGGGCAUUACCCAGACUCAUCGAGAUCGCUUUCGUUUUCGGAAAGCUCUAAUUCACUCUCUCAAAACACUGCCAAACUUUUGACCAAACCUACGUAUACAGCAACUCCAAAGGGUAAGGAGAAAUCUAUAGACAGAAUUAUAUCUGCUAUAACUGAAAUGAGAGCGAAGAAAGAAACACAAGAACAAUUAAACGGAAUUGAUCUGAGCACGAAAGGUAAUCGACAAACGGAUAAAUCCAAAGAGGCAUUAAAUGAAUCCAAAGUGGAUAAAUUUGAAUUUACGGAUGAUGAUGUCACAGUACGUUCUACGAAAAAGGUGACAUCAAAGUCGGAAUCUGAUAGUCGGAAAGAUACAGUAUAGUGUUUUUGGUUCCGCUUUGAAAGAGUAAACCGGAAAUAUAUGAAAUACUGCAUGACAGAACACUGUGUUAUGCGAAUUAUGUAGGUGACUUAACACGAAAAUAUGUGACAGGAAAAGAAACAGUGCUAGAGUAUUUUCACGGAUAAUUACCUAUUUCUGGAUUUAAAGUUAUUUACAUGUGCAGAGCUGAACAAGGAUUAAUCACUUGUGUUUGUUUGUGAAUGUGUAAUUUAUUUUUCAUGUGGAUUAUUAUUUACACCAUGUGCGAGUUAAUCCAAGGCAUAGAACUUUUUAUUUGUGGAAUGUAAGAAAUACGUAUCAGACUGGAGUGUCUGCGUGCAUGUAUAUUUAUUUGCUAAUUAGAUGAACAAGUGGGCCCAUUGAAAGUUUACUUUGAAUAUAUGUUAAACUGUGUUUGGAAUAUGUUACAAUUAGCUAUAGGAAAAUAUGUUAUAAUUCGUAUAACGUAUUUCUGAAUGUUUGAAAAAGUUAGUGCUUGGAUAGUAUGUACUUUCUUUUUUUCUUUAGUUCAAAAGUGUGCUUUCUAAGUUAUGGCAAAAGAUUUACUUUUUUACAUUGAAAAAAUAGUAUCUGUUUUUCUGAAUUGAAUGAAUAUUUGUACAAGUAUAUGGAUUUAACGUUUACAACAUUUGGAUUUAAACUGUGUUCACAAAUAUGGAUUCAUCGUUGUCAGAGAUAAAUUGGAUUUUACAUGGAAUUUGGAUUUAAUAUUUUAUAGAAAGUUAUUGGAUUUAUGUGUUUGAUUAAAAUAAGAUAAAAUUUGAGUUGCAAUAUCUGUGGAAUUAAUAAGUAAAUAACGGUAAGAGGGUUACAAUAAAGGUAAAUGGCUCUUGUAAGACAAUCGGCUGUUUCCGUCAUACUAAGGACAUUUCUCGUUUAUCUUCGACAAUUGAAACCUCACCUAAAUUAUAAAUCAUAAGACAUAGAGAGAAUGAUAUCAUAUGUUUUAUUGAAGUUUAUUUAAUUGGUCGGAAAUUACCGAUUGUCACAACGAUGCUGUUAUCUUUAUUGGCAUACAGAAAAAAAAUCCUAUCUUUAGGUUGUUUGUUUUGAAUUAUCUUUUUUUAAGUUAAAGCUUUUUGUUUCUCUUAAGAAAUUGUUUAGCUUAAUAAGAUAAAUGCAAACAAGUUGUUAAAUGACAAGCAAGAAAUUAAAUGACAAGCAAGAAAAAAUUAAAUGACAAUCGAGAACAAAAACAAGCGUCAGUAGCAAUAAAAGCAAUGGGUAAGAUUCCAAUUUUUGUGGAAGACACGUAGCCUUAUCAACACUCUUGUAUGUAAAUAUUUGAGUUUCCAUCGCAAAUGAAUAAUAUACAAAAUUUAUGUUAAACUUGAUUUUUGUCCUAUUUUUUGCAUGACAUAAUUCAAAUUUUUAUUAACGCAACAUUAAAUAAUGCAAGUGCAUUGUUGUUAUAAAUGGUCUCAUUAAAUCACGUUGUAACUGUCUACCUGGCUAAUCUGCGCCAUUCUGCGGUGCUUUAUAAGGUGGUAUAUAUAGAGGUAGUAUAUCCAGGUGGUAUAUUGCGGUUAUGUGGUAAAAGUAACUGUUAUAAUAUAUCAAGGUAUAUCACCUAGUUUAUCACCUGGCUAACUGUGUGUGGUUGUAAAAAUUUGGUUAAUGUGGUCGAUAUGAUACUUGCAUAGCUCGUCUCCCAUGCACUCUUUCCUAUAUCAUAUGAAAAACAUACACUAAUUGAAAACAGUUAAAGUUUGCCAAUUUUACCAAGGAAAAAUUCUUUUGUGAAAAUGUUUUAACAAGCAUUUAAGUGAGGGGAAAAGUAUAAUAUAGAUAAAAAUACUCCAAAGAUUAUAUGAUGUCAAUGACAAAAACUUUUAAUAUAUUAUUCAAGCAUUUCUAUAUUGUCUCAUUUCUUAGUAUGCAAGAUACUUCUUUUCUGACAGGCAAACAAAUUCAUAAAACUUGUAUUAACACUCAAUGCUAAAAUCCUGGUAUUUCUGUUGUUUUUUUUUAAUCGAUUUUCUGUUCAUAUGAAAAUCAACGAAAAUGCAUUACUCAGCAGUUUGUUUUCCUUUCAGUAGUAUGAUUUUAUGGGGAAAAUAUUUUUAUGUAUUUUCAAUGACGUUGCCAACCAAUUAGACACUUCAUAUUGAAUCUUGACGUGAAAAAGCAAUUAAUGUAAAUUUAUGGUGUAUAAAUUAUAAAAAGCCCACUUGUUUAUCGGUUAUGACAGAUCCCAGCUGGGUUAUGUAAUUAGAUUUUAUAUUUAACGCAAGUGCUUUAUUUACAUUGCAUUCCAUAAAGUUGUUGAUAAUAACUGAAUACUGUAAAACCUUGAAUGACACAACCAUUGUAAGACCAUAUAGGACCUUUAAAUGACGAGACCUUCAAAUGAUAUGCUUAUUUGACUUGGUUCAUAAAAAUUUGGUAUUCGUUUUUUUUUUUUUAAUUAAGAUAUAUUAUGUCAAUAUUUUUCUAAUUAUCUCGUUACUGUAAAAGAACAUCUCGUUAUAAAUAAAGUAUGGGAAGGUAUAAAUAAUUCAAAAUUCUUGCCAAGUUGAGUCAAUUGAAAAGGCAGACCACAAAUAAUCAGGGGAGGUAACAAACAGCACAGUUUGUAUACCUAGUUGAUUAAUGAACAAAAACUGUCUGUAAACCUACCGUUGCCUAUCAAUCAACGAUGUCUGUUAGUAGAUAUUUAACAUAUAGCCUCGUGUUCUUACACGCAGGUUUUCCACUCAUUAUUUUUUCUGCAUCUAAUAACCUGCAAACUUAUCGUCUGCUUUUAGAGACAAUGAACGUGUUUUACCGGAUAUACAACCUCAUACCCUUCCUUAUAACUAUGUGUGAAGUGCCCCGAGACCUUCUGACCAUUAAUUCCUAGGUUCAAGUCUUGGAUGCAGUAAAUGUUGCAAUCGUGUAAAAUCCUAUUAUGAAAAACUACCACCAACAAUUUUCAUUAAAACUAUGCAAAAGAAUCAGAUAAAAAUAACUAAUUUUCUAAUCUUUUAGUUGAUACACAUUUUAAUAUAUCAAUAACAAGAAAUAUUUUACAUCUUUGAUUAAAAACAAAAUGCAUUGUUUCUUAUUCAUGAUUUUAAUAUUUUCGACGAAUAAUAUUAGUAAUCUUCAAAUACAGACAUAUGUUCAAAUUCUACAGGUUUUAUGCUAAAAUAUUUGAUAAAUAAUUUGAUUACAAAUAUAGUCUACUUUUCUAACACGUUGUAAUGUGAAUAUGUUAUUGUGCAUAGAAUUUUCAGAAUUUCUUUGAAUCAUUUCAAAUAAGCUGGGUUUUUUCAAUUGACUACAUCGCAGAGAUUUCCCCCCUGCUAAUAUUCUGUUCAAUUAGCUAAUGGACUAUUUAUAUGCUAGUUUGAUAAGGACAUUAUAUCAAAUAUAGAAUAAUGAAUAUUUCAUAUUAAUUGUCACAUAAAAAAUAAAAUAAAUUGUUCAAAUAUGACGGUGUACAUGAGAAGAGUUUCACUGUGGUGUGAAAUUUGUUCAUUUAGCCAUCACUGCCACUAUAGAUAUUAGCUUGCCAGUGGUUUGAAUGUUCAGACUUUUUCAUAUUUUUUUUCAACAUCUGAAUGUAUUUACUCCAGAUACAAAAGUCGUCUUAUUUAUUUUGUUUAAUAUCUGAGUGUUGAAACAGUUAAUUCCAAACUUGCUGAAGUUUUGUUAUGUGUGUGUUGAAUGCUUCUAUAAUGCUUGUUCAUCCGUCUCUCUUUAUCUGUCUUCUUACCUGUCUGUCUGUCUGUCUGUAUGUAUGUCUGUAUGUAUGUCUGUAUGUAUGGUGUAACUUGAUUUCAAUAGACUCUAAAUCAUACUUUGUAACUCUGAGCCUUUUUUGUAUAUUUUUUGUUAUAUAAUACAAUAAGCGUCUGUUACAUUACGAAGUGACACUGAUUUUUUUCACUUGCAUUUCCCUUAUUAGAUUGACAUUUUUAAAGUCUUUAGCUUUUUUUUUGCUGUUAACUCUAAACUUGAUCGAUCAUAUGGAUAUACUUUAAUUCACUUUAUUAUAAAACUGCCAUUUCAUUUUAUUUGUUGAUAGAUUUAUUUUAUGAUUUGUUAAAAAAAAACGAUAAAGUCGAGUUACACAUAUUUUAUGAACAUUGUAUCUAGUUAGCAUUGCAUCUUAAAAGCAAAUAAAUUUUAUCAAAAUUGGUAUUUUAUUUGCAGUAAUAAAAUAUAUUUUGUAAAGAUUAAUCAUUCUGUAUUUGCAAUCAUCCGCUUGGCUUAAUAUUUGCUACAUAAACGUCAAUAACAUUCUAUAAUCGUAAAUUCACAAAAGUGCAGUUUGAAUUGUCACGAGCAUUUCUUAUGCUGAUGCAUUGUGGGUAAUACAUUUACAAGUUUGUAAAACUGCUAUUAUGUAAACGAAUUUUUUGUGUGAAUUUAAAUCAAAGUUGAAUCUUAUGAUGGCAAAAUCUGGUGGUUAUUAUUGAAUGUUUAGAUACAUGUACUUUAGCAUGAUUUAUACAUGUACAGUUCGCCCUUACCUUGCUGAAUUUAUGUAAUGGACUAGCCUUGCUUUGAUUUUGGAACAGUCUAUUAGAAGUUGAAGGGAAUUCAGAUUCAAAGUACUGAAAUUAUGUCAGAAAAUCCUAUGUUAUGUAAGAGCAUUAGUAUUAAAGAAUGUGGC